UUUAUCAUGACGCAUCGUAUUUACAUUUGCAUUUUUUCUUACAGUAAAAGAUCACAUUUUGCUUUUAAGAUGACGCCAUGGCUGAUGGCAUUCUUCUGCCUGGCGACAGCCGGCUGUACGAACGUCACGGAUCAGCAAACGUCGGAAACACAACACGAUCAUCAAGUGGCGAUCUUGAAGCAGAUCAGAAAGGUGAAUGAAGACGGUUCUUAUACAUACGGUUACGAAGCCGGCGAUGGAUCAUUCAAGGUUGAGAGUCGCGACGUUCUGGGCAACGUUAAAGGCACGUUCGGCUUCAUCGACGCCGACGGCGAGAUAAAGAGAGUCUCGUAUUCCUCGUCGAACGGGACAGGCUUUAAAGCAACCACCAUGUCGCCAUUGCAGGAACACGCGUCAGUCGUGCAGAGCAUACCACGCGUCAAUCGUACAUUAACUACGAAGAAGCCGAGCAUCGUGUACGCCACGACGACGGAGGGGUCGACCAAGUCGUCGGUUGUACAGUCGAUUCCUCGAACGAGGAAGACAACCACCAGUUCUACCACGACGACAACGGCCAGCAGCAGCACUACAGAGGCGCCAAAAACGAUACUUGGACAUUACUUGAAAGGCACGUCGAAGAACAGGCCGCGUUUUAUCAUCAAUGGUCAACAGAGACCGAUCGUGUUAGAGGAGGGUACCGAGGAUGAAGACUCGCAGAUCAAUCGACCUAGUACAGACGACAAAAGCGGCGUCUAUAGAAGGAUCAUUUUCGCCAAGCGACCGAUUGAGCAUAACCUGCCGCCGAUAUCUGAGGACUUUGUGGAGAAGGAAGACGAAGCCAAGAUUACAACGGGGAACAAUCUGAGGAGACAACUGCAUGACGAGACCACCAAGUCAAAUUCCGACACCGCGGAUAAUAGCGACGAUCAUUCCGACGUUUACGGUGGUUCUUUGUCUACGACGCGACCUCUGUUCACUACGUCUUCCCCACCGCGGGCCAUCCAGAGAGUUUCCAGUACCUCGCGCACGGAUCGACCAAAGAUUUACGUCAAUCGGGAGAAUGCGGGAGCGGGUGGUCGAUUUGACAGCCCGAAAUACGAAGAACCUCGGAUCUACGAGACGGAGACGAAAUCUAGUCUGGAGGAGCGCACACCAACGCCGCAGAUCCUGCUACGCAGUUCCACCGCUCGAGUACCCGUCGAGAACCGGGAAUAUGUCAGACAGAGCACGGAGCCUGUCUUCGUGAGACAGCAGCCCGAGCAAUAUCUGCGGGAAUUGCCGCCUAGAUUACUCGUACAGUCUCAACAAGGCAACCUCGAGGAGGACGGCAUCUACAGAGCGAUACCGAUCGGCAGAAUCAUGUUCCGGCCACCUUCCAAUCAUCAGCCGGUCUACUCGACCACGACGGACGCCAACAUUCACUAUCUCACAGAGAAUCCCGUUCCCGACCAAGAGGACCAGGCGCGAAUCGCGAUGAACACAAACUAUGUACGCCCGCGUCCCGUGAUGCGACCGCUGAUCUAUUCGGAAGCUGAACGAAGACAACCCGCGCUUCUGCGACCGAUUCCUAGUCCGAUGGUUCAUCCCGACGACAGAGAUUAUCAGGCGACCACACCCGAAUAUCCUUACAGACCCGGCGCGCUGGCGCUGCCGCCGGAACCGCCCAAUCCGAUCACGCCUCCUCUAAGUCGACGAGACUUCCAGAUUUUGCUGAAGAGGCUGCUGGUGAGCCAAUACGGCGUGCAAGCUCUAUCCUAUCCAAAGAGUUACCUCGAGGACGCCCUGUACGAUCAGCAGCCGUAUCCAUCAUAUCCGGCAGGCUACCAAGCGCCGCUUCCGAGACCCGAACUGGCAUACGAUCAGCAAGCGCAAUAUGGUGAACGCGUGUCUCUCAGACGUCCGUUGUACCCUCGUGCUUUGCAUCCGGCUUAUCAUCAUCAAUACGACGAUUAUCACGACGGCAGAUACUCCAAGAGAGUGUACAGGCAGAAAUUCUACGCGCAGGACGUAUCCGACGAAGGCGAUGAGGUUCUUCCGGCAGCCAUCAGAGAAGCCUUGUUGUUGAGGAUGGUAAAUCUAGCGAUCAACGCCGAACGAUCGACGAUGAUGCCGACGACUGUGAUGACCACCACAACGCCGGCGUCCAGGUAUAGAAAGACGGGUCCGGUCAGGAGUGUACAGAUCAUCACGGACGACGACGAGGAGGAGAAGGAUACGAGGAAAAAGAUGUAACAACGAUGAGUAAUGUAGAAAUAGUUAGGAAUUCCGUCCGUAAAGAUUACUCGUUGUAAGCAAAAAAAAAAAAUGUAAAGUAAAUUAUUGAAUUUUAAUUAAUUUUAUUAAAAUUUUUUUAAUAAAACAAAUUUAUAUAAUCAAGGUCAACGAGUAAUCGCAAAUAUGCUUUCUUUCGGCAAUCUUUUAAUACUACUUAUUCUUUGCCAGAUAUUACUAAAUAUCCUGGAAAGAUAUUGUGAAUUCUCACGGUAACAUAUUUAAGCAUGACGAAGCGGCUUACAUUAAUGGUAGAGUUUUUAUUUUUUUAUUGUAGGAAACGAACGGAUAUGUCCAUCCGCGUGUAAGGACCAAUAUCGCACAUGCAACACGCAUAUUUGCGUCGUUAAUGAGUCGGAUCGGUUUCACAAAAGGGAAAUCGUCGCCGCGCAAUCCGAUUCUCUGCACGAUAGCGCAUAUUUAUCGUUUGUCGUUGCAUAUUUAUAUCUACUAAAAUAGAUGCAUCAGCAUAUAUUCGAUUAAGAAAUAUUUUAGAUGUGUUUGUAUUUUUUUUUCAUAUAUAUAUAUAUCAUUUUCUCGUAUAUUUAUCUCUCUUUUAGCUUAUCGCAUAUUUUUAUCGCAAAAUUUUAUUUCUCACUCGCUGCUAAUUUGCGUCAAAUUUAUACUAUUUAAUAAUGAAGAAAGAACAAUGGAAUGACGAAAUUGGUGAAUGGAUACUACCUCCGGCUGUAAUUUACAAUGGUAUAAUUAUAUUGUAAACAUUGCAACAUAAGUUUGUUGACAUUAUAUGUUUACAUUAAUUAAUCGUAGAAACAAAACAAAAAUAUAUUAACCGAUAAAUCGUUGCUGAUGCAUCUCUAUACCUAUAAACUGAUUAAUUAAAAAAUAAUCUCACGGUUAAAACGCAGAACAGCAUCGACGAAAGCUUUAGCUUCUAAGACAUCUCUAGCGUACUCACUACUUACUGACUGUAAAUACGGCGUUACGUAAUAGAGACUAGUGUGAUAUAUACGCAUCGCGAAAAAUAAAGAAAGAGUCAGAGAGACGGUAGACGAGGA